AUGCCGAAAAUAGCUCACUAUCACCCUCUUGAACUGCUUUCUUCCCUGAUCUUCUCCAACGGUGUCCGAGCCCAGCUCGUAACACGAUUCGAGGACUCGCGAUCUAGGAGAGCCGCGCCUUCGCUGGCAUCAGCCUCGUGGAUUUGGGCGCCCGGGACGAACGGCACAGCCAAUACCAGCGCCCAUACCGUCGCAUUCACCAAACAACUGGUCUCGCCCUCCGCUCUACUUGCAACCAACGCGACAAUAACUUUCGGAGCUGUCGCCGUCGGCGCUGCGACACUGUGGAUCAACGACCAACCCAUCGGCCAGCUGCUUCCGAACACCACGGAGGAAUUCACUGUCGUGCGAGCUGCACUCAAUGCGAGCAUCAACGUCGUCUCUGUGUUGAUCCAGAAUGCACAUUACUCUGCUGCAGAUCGGCCGGGAUUCGUCGCCUCGAUCCAGGUCUCAUAUGCUGGGGCAGGUCUGUCCAGCACAGCCGUGUCAGACGCCAGCUGGCUCGCGACCUCAAACGUGCAGAUCGGCUUCCCUGCCGCCGUGAACACAAAUCUCCUGCCGGCUGUGAUUACCGCACCCUUCUUGAGGGACGUUUCUCCCGUAGAAUCCUCCGACCCUCCGUGGGCUGGCAGCUCUUGGUUGUGGACGACGGCAGGUGCUGAAAUAACGCCGAUUCAGGGACGGCCGGGUUUCGCAGGAGUUCGUCAGCCCCGAUGGGAAGACACCUCAACUCUUGCGGGGCCUGAUUGCGAGCGACAACGCAUUCUCGUUCUAUGUGAACGGCAUCUUCGUCGCUGCGUCGCCGUUCAAUCCCAGCUCUGUAAACCAAACCUCGCUGGCGCUUUUGCAGUCCUGGAGUACGCUCAAGCGGUGAAAAGCCCGCUCAACUCGUCGACAGUUGUCCUGGACGUGAUUGUGGAUAAUUACCCCCAGAUUGGCACCACUAUCAACGCCGCAGGCUUUGCUGCGAGCUUCCAGCUUGUGUACGCGGACAGCAUCAGCGAUUCACUGUACACGAACGCGUCCUGGUCAUGCGGCCAGAACUUCAGCAGCGACGGGGACUUUGUGACCACGCCGACUGCUUCGAUGCACUCUGUGGCUGUGCUCGGUCCUUUUGGAAUGGGACCCUGGGGGCAGCUGUUUGCCGUGUCCGACGUCCUCGCAGCCGCCGCUGUUCCCCGAAUCACAGCCACUCCCAGCGCUUCGGCGGCUCCAGCGACCAGCAAGCCCCGGUCUUACAACAGGACAGUGGUGAUUGUAUGUGUCGUUGUUUCUGUCAGCGUUGCUGCUGCGGCCGUCAUUGCUUUGCUCUAUCGACGUCGGUCUCGCACUGGGCCGACAGUGACCCCCUAUUCGGCACUUGCCAAUGGAGCGGACGACGACCUGCAGGGUGUCGAGCUCACCUCGUCUGUGGUGACCCCGUAUCGGAAGACCUACGCCCAGUCGUCCAUCCACUCGCCGCUGCCGCCCCCGUAUUCGUCGGCAUCCGGUCCGGCUGCUCGUAGCGGCAAGCCCGCAUCGCGGCUGAGGACGCCGCCGUGAAUGUCAUUUGCGGAAUUGUAUAUUUUGUCUUAAAUAUUGUACGUACUUACAGCCAUGUAAUUGUUAGUUCUUACGACCAAUCUGGAUACAUACCCCGGAGGCAUCGUCCCCGGCAUCACCUCUCC